AUACUGGUAUACUAAUCUUGAGCAAUCUCUAGUCGCCCCUCAUCCCUCAUACGAUCUCUGGGCCGAUAAGAGGACCUUGGUACCUUGUCACCUUAGCGGAUAAAGAGCGUCCGUGAGUGUGGAGUAAGGCUACCCCGCCCCGUUCGAUCCAUUCGUGUUGGCUGGUCACAGUAACAGUUGGAAGACCACCACGAAUAUUGGUUACAAGGUCCAUGGCAAGACCAUUCAGCCCUUCUAUUGACACACACAUCUUCUCUCUGUUCCUGCCUUCUCUCGUACAUACUUGUACAGAGUACCUUCAAUUUCAUACCCAUCAAUCAUAUAAGCCCUCGUUCCCUAUCUGAGAACUGAGGUAUUACAGCAUCUCAGCCGAUACGACAGCUUCAUUGAAGGAUCGACAUCGUGAUCGGAAAGAGUGAUUGUGAUUGCUAGCAUGAUACAAGAGAGGCAGCCGUUGCAAUGAUCGCGUCACAUCUCGGUCCGGCCGGCCGGACGGCAUUGUUGCCACAGCUUCAAUCAUCGAGGGCAGUCAUAUCGACUACAGUUUCAAGAUCACCCUGGCGUCACGAACAGACUCGAGGGAUCAGGCUUGAAUUCUGGUCAUGGAACCUCCAGCCUGGCUCGCGUGGUCACCAGGCGUGCCACAAGAUUUCGAAGAGUGCGUACAUCGAAGCCCUCAAUCGAAAGCUUCUCCGAAACCGCCAUCACAGGUUGCACAUCAGCAACUCUAGUAUGAAGAGUUUCAUGUGCAGCGCAUUCUAUGAAGACAAAUCUAGGGUUAAUUUGCAGAAACUCAAGAAUGACGCCACCCGAACAGCCUCAAACCUUGCCCGGGCUACUUCAGGGUCCAUCAAUACCUCGCGUAAGGCCACGACAGAUGGACACAGUGGCCGGACCCCAAGCAGCGACGGAUUAUUUAACUUGAAAUACGAAAUCGAUCCAAUUACAAAUCGAAAGGUCUUCAAACAAGAUUCUAGCACGUUGAGCCCCCAGACCGACACCCCAGCGAGCCAUAUCCCGAACCAAAAAUUCUACGAUCAUGGACCCCCAGUCUCACAAUUCCCAGGCCCCCAACCCCUUCCCAAACAAUCGACUAAGACUGCACUUGAUGGCUUGGCAACAACCGCUUCUCAAAGUCAAGGCACCUAUGUUACAGACAGCGAGUUAUACCGGGAUGGACGCACGGUAGAGCAGGAACUCGGGGUUUACACACCUUUCCAGCACAAUGAGCCAGACGGACAUUUCCCACCGCCGCCAGAUCCUGUUGAACAGGCUCUAAGCAAUGGGCGGCCGUUGGAAGAGGAGCUUGGCGACUACCAACCUUUCCGGUACAACGAGCCAGAUGGACACUUUCCACCACCACCAGAUCCUGUUGAACAGGCUCUGAAUAAUGGACGGCCGUUAGAGGAAGAACUUGGCAUCUACAAGCCUUUCCGGUAUAAUGAGCCAGAUGGACAUUUUCCACCGCCGCCAGACCCUGUUGAGCAGGCUCUAAACAAUGGGCGAUCGCUAAAGGAAGAGCUUGGCAUCUAUAAGGCUUUCCGGCACAAUGAGCCAGAUGGACACCCACCAGUGUCAGCAGAUUCUGCUGGGCAGACCUUGGGAAACAGACGACAGCUGGCAGAUGAACUUGGAGUUUACAAGCCGUUCCGAUACAACGAGCCGGAUGGACAAUUUGCACCACCACCCGACCCCGUGAACAAAGCUUUGAAUGAGUUCGACCAGGAAUGGGACCCCGAGCUUAAGGCCUACACAGCUUUCCGCCACAAUGAGCCAAAUGGACAUAUUCCACCGCCACCCAACCCUGUAAACCAAGCUCUGGAUGAUCUUGAUAAGAAAUCGGAUCCCGAGCUUAAAGCGUACACCGCUUUCAGACACAAUGAACCAGAUGGGCAUUUUCCGCCACCGCCUGACCCUGUAGAGCAGGGUUUAAAUGAAUUCGAUCAGAAAUGGGAUCCUGAGCUUGAUGCUUACGUACCCUUCCGACACAACGAGCCAGACGGACAUUUUCCACCACCAGUUGACCCUGUAGAACAGGCUCUAAACGAGUUCGAUCAGAAAUGGGACCCUGAGCUUGAUGCUUACGUACCUUUCAGACAUAACGAGCCAGAUGGACAUUUCCCACCUCCAGCAGACCCAGUCAACAAAGCUCUUAACGAAUUUGACCAGAAAUGGGAACCCAGGCUUGAAAAUGACAACUUUUUCUUCGAUGAAGACUUUGACGCUGAGCGUGCUGCCCAAUUGGUACCGAACACCGCCGAACAAAAAUCAUCCGGUAAGCAGGAAAAGGAUACAUCGUCUAAGAUAAUAAAGAGCUCCAGGAAAGAGUCCAAGAAAGAGAAACAGGCCAGGAGAAGAAAGAUGGAAGAGGAUUUUGAAGCAUCCUCGACCCAAUUCUCAAAGGAUAUUGAAGCUGUUGCAAAGAGUGAUAAAAUCCGUGCCGCGCGCGAACGUGCUCAGGAGUUUGAGAUUGAAAGAAGCGAAUUGCUGAACCACCAGGGACAUCUUCGUGGGAAAGUAAAUGCCCGCCUCAGGGAGAUUGCCGAGCUAGACAAACGUGAAGCUGGAAAGAUACCUGCCUCCGAGCCUUCAUCUCUGAAGCAAGACCAAGCUGGCUCCAGCGCUAAGGAUGGAGAGCCCGAGUCAUUUGUGUUUGUUUCUUCAUACGGCACAGAUUUGCCGCCAACUGCAAAAGCAGUGAAGGGAUCUAAAGGCAAGAAAGUAAAUAUCAAAGGCGAGGAGGCUAGACUGAAGUCGGCAUUCGUCAAGGAAUUAGUGAGCAUAUAUCAGGACUCCUACGGCGCAGCAGAACAGCAACCAACGCUCUACAAGAUUGUCGCCUAUAACCCAGACACCAAAUCCAUUCUGACCACUGAAACGACAUCUAUCGUACCUCCCGGCCACAGAAAGCCUCUCUCGCCAGCUUCGGUCCUGCCCAGGCUAUCAAAACCAGCAAGUUUCCUUCCACAUAUUGCGCCGCUUCUUGACGAGGGCUAUGAAAUUGCCUCUGGGGAUGGACAUGUGCUUGUGUUCAGAAAGGUCCGCGAUGGUCCGCCUCAGGGGAGUCCAGCAGCCAAAGCCGAGACAAAAACUCAGGCUAGAAAUAUGACAAACCCAAUCGACGGAAUGCAAUCCAUCCGCCCCGCGACAGGCAAUUUUGCCAGCCCAACUGGUUUCGUGAACCACGAUCUUCCCGAGUAUCAUAUCAAAUCCGGGACGGAAUCUGGCCAAGAAAGCCACACCUACGGUAGCUCAGGAUCCGGCUGGAAAGACCAGGAAUGGUACGAUAGAGCCGCACGAAGGCAAAAGGGGAAGAAGAAGGUCAAGAGGCUCUUGAUCGGAGCCGUAUGGGUUGGUGGACUAUCAUACGCCGUCGGCGUCGUGGCAGAGUUCUUCCGCACCGGUGGUACUGAUGGGAUGGGAGCUGUGGGGCUCUAAAGUGAGAACCGGCCCUGGCUACGAGCUUACAAGACUGGAUUUUUGGCUCGACCCCGCGGGUUCGGUGGGUCAUACAGUGGGGUGGAUGGACGCCAAUACCUCUACUCUCUCUCACACACACACAAACACACAAUACCCAAUGCAGGGAACUGGGAGUUGGCAAAUUAGGGAGUUACUGGUUGUAAAUAGUCGACGUCAUACCCCUUAUCGCGGGGUUCUCUUUAGUCGUUUUUAGUUUUCUGCAUCACUCACCUUAGUUACUACUCUCUCUCCUCCUCGCUCCGUAGAAGUAGAAGAACAAUCAGAUUGUCUUAUUUGAAUGGGAG